AUGGCUAGCACUACCUGUGAUAAAGUUAAAGAAACAGCAAAGAAAAGUUUUUUCGUCACAACUUCCGUUCAAGAGGCAUUGGAUAUUCUGAAGGCACACGAAUUGAAGCAUACGCUUCGCUAUUCAACGUUUUGUUCAAGGAAAAAUUUUGGUGACACGGACUUUGCGGAGAAGAAACAUCUCACACAAUGGGAAGACGAGACCAUACCCUUCUCAGGAACGCCAUUUUUUGUUAUCAACCAGAAGACUUUCGAUUGCCAACAUGGCAAGGAUCGCAAUAUCAAAAUUAAAGAAAAACUCAAGAAUGAAAGAAAACAAAGUGCAACGCUUGGGGAUCAUGGAUACCGACAAAGAAAAGACCACGUUCAAAACACAAAAAAAUUUGAUUGCCCUGCACAGGUCAAACUUAAAGAAAUUGUAGAGUUCCCAUGUAUCAAGAUUGACAGUAACACAAAAUGGAAACGAGCAACAGCUUCCAAAGAACUGCAAAAGAAAAUUGGCGAUGGCGCAGUGAAAGAUUUCAUCAGGAAAUUUGUUUUGAUUGUGCCAGACCUUGGCGUUCAUAAAUACCAUGCUAUUGGAGAAGUAUGUUACAGGCAAACUGAUCAAAAAUUAGAUUUAACUUAUCAAAUUUUAUAUCAAAUCAUAUCUAAUUUAACUGUGAUGGUAGCUCAUGUUUUUCUGCUCACAACGUCUGAUUCAUCAUUAGUUCUUUACGCUACAGCCAAUAUUAACUACCAACUAGCCUUAUUUUUCAUUACACAGAAUGCCGGAAUAUCGCAAGAGAUUGACCAGUUUCUAGUGAAGAAAAUCGAUCUGAUGGUCAAGGAAGGAGUUUCAAGCGUCAACGAAAUGCGACGACAACUUCGUAUUACAGUUACUCAUGAACUUUUUGGAGGGGUUGACAUUGCAACUCUUAGCAAUAGACGAUAUUUCCCACGGCCAAGAACAAUCAGGAGUCACAUGGUUCAUGCAAAACGAAGGCUCAGGCAUUCACUGAUUGACCAAGAAUGCUUACAAGAAAAAGUCAACCAGUGGAAAAAAGAACAGCCAAAGUCCAGUAUUCUUUUUAGGCCUAAAGCAGUCCAGAAUGAUUCAGAGACCAUUACAGGGGAAAACAGCGACAAAGACAUCGAAGAAGAUGAUGAUAAAGAAAUCAAAAUUUUUCGUGAAAAAGAUGGAGGUUUCUUAUUCGUGUACCAGUCGGCUGAGCAAAAACGAUUGCUAUCACGUUACGGGAAUGAAAUUGCCUUCCUUGAUGCGACGUACCGGACUACUCGAUAUGCUCUCCCGCUUUUCUUCCUUGUAGUCAAAACCAACGUUGACUAUCAAAUUGUUGCAUCAUUUAUUACUGAAAAUGAAGAUACAGACAGCAUAACAGAGGCAUUAGAAGUAAUAAAAAAGUGGAACCCAAACUUUGAGCCAUCAUACUUUAUGACCGAUUACAGCCAUGAGGAAAUAACAGCAAUUGAAUCAGUCUUUCAAGGUUUGCUCAAGGCUGCGAUAAAUAUUUUUAAUUGCAUAAUCAAUUACGACAUUAUGUUGCCUGAGUAUCCUCAGUAUGACUGUAACUUUGGGAGGUGGAUUUGGGCGCACAGACAGGACAGACUUCUCGUGAAUUGCAACACGAAUAAUGGAACUGAGCGACAAAACGAGUCAUUCAAAUACCAGUACCUACAGAAACACAGCCGAGCUUCAGUUACUGGAAUGCUAACCAUACUAAUUGAAGAUUUCCUUGUUGAUAAGUAUGACAGAUACUGUGAACAAAAUCUAAAAUACAGUUCAAACUUUAGAAGAUAUGCCGAGGAUAUCCCUGAUUAUCUUGUCAACCGGCCCCGUACAAUGGUUAAACACUGCAAAGAAAAGAUAACUGCAGCACAAAGCAUCAACCUUGAAAACAUUCACAUCACUAGCUAUGGUGGAUUUUCUAUAAAAGCUAGCAAUGCACAGCCAAAUGGGUAUUAUUACCUCUCCUUCGGAGAUGAAAAUAGUAUGCCACAUUGUUCCUGCCCUGAUUGGAAAAUGUCUGCAUAUCCUUGUAAACAUUUCUUUGCAAUUUUUGUUAAGUAUCCUUCAUGGUCCUGGGAUGCCUUGCCCUCUGCAUACCGUAAUUCCCCAUUUAUGGUCCUUGAUGAUGUUCUUACUAUUGAAAAUGAGAGAAAUUUUGGAGAGCCAUCAAUGACCAAACCACUAGAAAAUGAGCAGCAGCAGCUUGAGGAUAUCAGCAAUGACCAGAAGCUAGCCAAUGAAAUUGGUCAGCCAAAAAGACCUUCUGGACCAUCAGGACCCACAGUCAGAGAGCUCAUUGAUGAAAUAAGGCGAGCUUCUUUUCUGGUAGAAGAUAACAAUUCCCUUAUUUCAGAACUGCACACAAAGCUCCAGGAGAUAAAAUCUUUGAUUUACAAAAAAGCACCAGCUGAGAAGGGCAUUCAUCUUCGACAAAUUACACCAAAGAAGAAACCUAUAAAGAAAAUGAAAAGUUUAAAUAUAAGAAAACGAAAGCUGCCUUUCCAAGGAAGAGUUGGUGAAAAAAAAGAGAGGCUAAUGCAGGCUUGUAGCAUCACCAUAGACAAGUCUGAAGCUUGUUUUAAGGAGGAUGUAGUAGAGGAGAUUGUAAGCGACAAUCAGGAACAACUAGGUUCUACAAUUUUUGUAACAUCAGUUGACAGAGAUACAGCAAGAGACAUUUCAACAGAUUCUGAUGAAAUAAAUACAAACCUUUUUGUUGGAAGGCAGCAACUGAACAAACAUGACUUGAAAAAGAUAUCAGAGAAUGACAUGCUUAAUGAUUCAAUAAUCCAUGUAUUCCAAAGUCUGAUGCUGAAGGAUCAUCCUGAGUCAAAUGGUUUACAAGACCCUGUUCUUGGGCAAAACUUGUCUUUUAAUGUACACCACAACAAACCUUUUGUUCAAAUCCUCCAUGAUGGAAAACUACAUUGGAUUGCUGUUUCAACAUAUGGGUGUGAGCCUGGGGAGGUCUUCUACCUUGACAGCUUGUUCUCUGGUAGAAUAUCAGAAAAAGUUAAGCAGCAAUUGUGUGCAAUAAUGCAUUCUUCAAUGCCAAUUCUGAAGAUAAAUGUUGUCCCAGUUCAACAGCAAUCAAAUGGAGUGGACUGUGGUGCAUAUGCCAUUGCCUUUACAAAUUACAUUCUAAAAGAAAAGAGAAAUCCUACUGAAGUGACAUUUGACCAACAGACAAUGAGGCAUAAUUUAUUAAGGUCCUUAGCAGCAAAUAAGAUGCUUCCUUUUCCAAUAACAACAAAAACUGUAAGAAGAUGCUGCACAAAAACAAUUUCAUUGGAGCUAUACUGUUCUUGUAGAAUGUGCUGGGUACCAUUCGACAACAACAUUUUUGGAAGGUAAAUAAACUACACAUUUACUCACAAUUAUUCAAACUUAGAAACUUGUCAAUUUCCUCCCUAAGAUGUGUAUUUGAAUUGAUGAAUGCAAAAAUAAAAUUAUGUUGAACUUGCUUUAUUAAUAAAACAAUUCAAUACCAUUUUCAUUUAGCGCUGCAUCUUUAGUGAGAAUAUUACCUUGCAGGUUGCAGUAUUUGCUCUUUUGCUCUGUUGAAGAAGCUGUUUUCCAAUUUCCAAUCUAACUUUUUCCCUAACUAUUAUGUUUACAGGCAAAUGGCUGAGUGCUCUGGGUGCAACAACUGGUUUCACCGUUCAUGCGAAAGAAUUAAACCAGAAUUCUUUGUAACAAAGAGUCUGCAAUGGUUUUGCUACCACUGCAAAAGAAACUGAAUUUUGAUACAAUUAUAAAUCUUCUAAGUAUUCUAAGAUUCUAAUAUUCUUCAUUUGUUUUAAAGAUAUAUUUCAGAACUGUCCUUUUGCCAUCAAAGGCUGUUUUAAUGAAUGUAUUACAUCCCAAGCAAUCAAGGUGUUCAGGCUAGACAGGGAUAUCUUUGUACACAGUUGAUUGUGUGUAAAAUUGCAUGGUAAUUGACACAGAAAAUUUGGAUACUAUAUAGUAUAUGUAAAUGCAAGUCCUUUUGAGUCAGUGAAUAGUUCGAAUGAUUUAACAUGCACAACAAAGAAUCUUUGGUCGAAAUGCAAGGUUUCAGCUGUGGACUCUGGAAGUCUAGCACUAGCCCUACAGCAACCUCCCCUCCUAAAUUUUGAGGACGGCACCCUUGGCUAAGAUGGAUAUAUUUAAAGCUUCUUUGAGCCUUCAAAUCAGUGCAAUUUAACUGUGAAAUUGUUCUUGAAGAAUACACCGCAAUAGUUGUUGAUAGCUUACCAUUAUUAAUAAUGUAUCAUACUCUCUUACUCACCCUUCUGACCCUUCUGUGCUGUGGCAACACGUUUCAGUCAUAAUCAUUGAGUCAUGUAUUUAAUCAAC